UUGAUUGCUAUUAUAUUUGGCUUAUUUUAUUUUUUUCCAUGUUUACAUAAAAGAACAAUAUAAGCACUCAUUAUCUUUUACAUAUUUCCCCUAUUUUAUUUUUUCCCUAAAAAAACAUAAAGAUUACAAAUGAGGCUUCCCGCAUUGAAUUCUAACCUUUUACAUAUUUGCUGUAACUAAUUUUUUACUAUAAUUUUCUUGAUUUCUCAAUGCCACUGCAAUUUGAAAUGAUUUUAUCAUCAGGGACUUAAAAUGAAUGUGGGCUAAUACUUUUAGACCAAAGUCAACAUCCCCAAAACUUAUAGAAGACUUAAUUCUUAAACACUUUUAACAACUCAUUAAUCAAUUAUUUCCGAAUUCAAACCCUAAAACUGAAUCAAUUAUAAGAAAUGCAUAAAAAUGGCAUCUUCUUCCCGAUUCCCAAUCACAGACUUUCGCAUGAAUGUUCAUCUCUCCGAGAUUUCGCCGUAUUCUGAUUAGGUUUCUCUCUCUGCUCGGAAUCCUAGGUUUGACUCUCUUCUUCAUUUCGAUUUCCAUGGAUGUACAAGUCGGUGAAGCAGCACAGCAGCCCAAGAAGGAUGUUUAUUCGGUAUGGGCGCUUCCGCCGCAAGAUGUGACGGAGAGGCUGAAGAAACUGAUGAUCGGUCUGCGAUCGGAGUUCGGAGGACCUGAGUUUGAGCCGCAUGUGACUGUUGUCGGAGCUAUCAGCUUGACGGAGGAGGAGGCGCGUGACAAACUCAAGAAGGCUUGUGACGGUUUGAAAGCCUAUAAUGCCACCGUUGAGAAGGUUGCGACGGGAACUUUCUUCUAUCAGUGUGUGUUUUUGUUGCUUCAUCCCACGACUGAGGUCAUGGAAACCGGUGCACACUGCUGGAAUCAUUUUGGCUACAAGAGUUCAACUCCUUAUAUGCCACAUUUGAGCAUCCUUUAUGCUGAUUUAACCGAAGAAGAAAAGAAAAGAGCUCAAGAGAAAGCCAAUGCUCUUGAUGAAACUGUUCAAAGCUUGAAGUUCCCAAUAUCACGUCUUGCUUUGUACAAAACAGACACAGAAGACAAAACCUUAAAAUCAUGGGAGAAGGUGACUGAAAUCACUCUCCAAUGAACCUCUUAACUUUUUCCUCUUUAAUAAUCAUUUCAAAUCACAAUUCCACAAAGUUUGUAAUUUGUAUAUUUGUACCAUUACUCUGAAUAAUUUCCACUUUCUUGUUUCCUUAUAUAGUCAUUUUUUCUAAAAAAAAAACCCAAAUAUAGCAAUGUCAUCCAAAUACAAAGCAAUUUUCACUUGUACAAAUGAGUAGAAUUUUCAAAAUAUAAUGUAAAAAAAAGGUACAAUGCUAUAAAUAUAUUUUUCAAAGUACAAUGCCUUAAUAAAAAAAAAGUUGAAAGCACAAUGAAAAUAAGAAUCUAUAUAAAAAAAA